CCGUUCUGUUAUAUAUUGCUUGGACCGAUCAAGCUGAGCCCCCAGCACUUUCUGCAGCAGCGUAAUACAGCAACCAAUCAUUCAAAAGUCAACUUUACACUGACCUGGAAAUUUGUGAAUGCUAUGUACACUAUUUAUCUUCUCGUAUUGCCAAUGCCUACAACCUCUUUUCUACUGUGCUUGGCGGGCUACCCGAUGGCAAUCAUAUGUGAUCCUGCUGCCGGUGAAAAGACAAGCAUGUCUGACGCAACACUUCCUUUUCCCGCCAGGCUCGGGCAGAGUGAGUUGUGAUGCCAAGUCGGGAGUUCUGCAGCGGGCGCUCGUGUGUGGCGGGCCAUGUGCCAGGUACUGCGUGGGGCAGGUUGCAGUGCUUGUCAGCCUCAGUGUUUCAGGAUGUUAGUUCUGCGGUUGGUGUUCUUCACCUGGUGAGAAAAAAUAUCACAAAACCGGCAGAGAUUGUGUGCCCAACUAUUGCAGCUGUUCUCGAUAUAAAAAAGCACAGUAAGGGGCGUCUGAUGUAGGG